AUGCAGAAGCCUGGAACCCCGGUUCCCGUGGGUUGCAAUGGCCAAUCUCCAAACCGCCCAAAGAACCGGUUUCCCAUCCAGGGCAAGGAUAUGCGCCGCCUUGGCCUGGCCCUGGGGGCCCUGCCUGCACUACCGUCACCCUCAAGUCUUCUCGCUACUGCGCCGCGGUCCCCCCAACCCUCUCGAACAAUGCUCAUCCCGGCUUCCGGGAUCCCUGCUCCACCUCAGCGGGGAGGGGCGGCAUUUCAGUCAUGCCCGCCGCCUCACCUUUGA